AUGACUGACCACAAUAUUGGUUCUUCUUCUCCUAUCAUGAUGAAUCACGAAACAACUUCUCUGGCCUCAUGUAAUACUAGUAACGCUCAUUCCGUACACUUUGCGGAAACAACAACAGCUGUUUAUAUUCCACCCAACAAGUCGUCGUGCUUUGUCGAAACCGACGAUGAUGAGGAACCUCCUCUUCCUUCAGACGAUUCAAUUUCUGUGAGAUCGAGUGCCAUUAAGGAUCGAAGCAAUCAAGGCUUUUCACCUCGUCCACUAUCGUUAGCAGGUGAAAUUGUUUCACCCUUUUCUCAAGCUCUUUACGCUGGAACUUAUGAACACUUGGGAGAAUUAACUGAUAACACCCUCUCUAAAAUCGAGAAGAGAUCAAAGCAUUUGAGUUGUUCUUCGGUGAUGGAAUUUUCUGAUUUGUUGAAGCAGGCCGGAGUGAACAUUGAAGAGUUGCAGGACGGUGAUUGGGACUAUGAUACCGAUGAAGAGAAUGAAUUGAAGGACCACUCUAACACGGACAGCAAUCAUGCAAAUGGCAACAGCAUAGUCAAAGAAAACACACUCCGACAACAGCAUCAACAACAUUUCCUUAAUGUCAUUACCAACAACAACUUUGUGGAAGAGUACGACAGCGAUCCAGAAACUUUCACAGCCACGAGAGACUCAAUGAAAGUUGAGGUGGACGAAUACGAUUUACAAACACGAAGAAGUCCUUCACAAACAUUUACGCCUCCUCCUCUCAAUAAUAGAAAGAGUAUGAGUCACCUAUUUAGGUUUUCAAGCAGUGAAACAAAAGAAACAGAUGGAUUGAAUCUCUCUCGGUCGACCAUGUGUGAUUUUCCUGUUGGCAUGGGGAUUGAGGUGGAGUCGCCUCUUUCUUCCUCACCACAACAAGAUUCGUCUCCCACCUCCAGCGAUGCUUCUCCUGGCGCAUUGCUGUCUGUUCCAACACAAGCCGCACAGCAAGCAAGAAGAAGCUCUGUAAAGAGAAAGAAGAGUAUUCGCUCCAACGAUUUUAUGAAAGGUGGAAGGUAUAUGAAAUCGAAAGAUUUUUUCUCAACACUCUUUAAAAAAGCUGAAGUUAAGGAAUUUGGUGUAGAUUUAUUAACGGUUAUGUCGAGGAAAAGUGAAAUGGGUCAUGAAAUUCCAGCCUUAAUAGAAGAAAUGAUGGUGGUGAUUUCUGAAAGACUUUCAGUGGAGGGAUUAUUUAGAAUUGGAGGAAGUGUUAAAGACAUGGAAAUACUUGUAAAAAAAAUGGAUUCUGGAAAGGUAGUAGAGCUACGAACUCUCAAUAUUCACGUCGUCACUGGGCUCACAAAAAAGUAUAUUCGACAAGCAAAAUUAAUACCUCAUCAAUCCUAUCAUAUUUUCAAGAAGAUUGCACAAAUUGACAACGAAACAGAGGUCGUCAAGGAACUCUCAAAUGUGUUUCGAGAUGUAUCCGUCAUACCUUAUUAUAAUUGUUUAUUAUUGAAUAGACUAUUACAUUUAUUGUAUAAUAUCCAUUGCAAAAGCAAUGAAAAUCAAAUGACGGCUAGCAACCUGGCAAUCAUUUUUGCACCUAAUUUAUUUCAGGAAGAUCCUAAUGCAAGCUCAACGACACUGAAUUCCUCUCUCGUACUGCAAACCAAAGGAACGCGGAUUAUAACGAUCUUGAUUGAAAAAUAUCAAGAUGUAUUUCGGGAUCUAUUCGAAAAAAUUAAGGCAAAUAAGGACUUCAUUCCUCUCCCAUUGAAAGAUUCAAUUUCAAAGAAUGAGUCAAAACAUUCCACAACAUCCAACAAUAAUAGUGCCAUAGAUAACACUGGAUUCAUUAUUAUGAAAGGUUUUUUAUCCAAAAAGACAAAGGUUACUGGAUGGAAAAGAAGAUUUAUUGUGUUAACAAAAACGCAUGUUAUGGUACUGGAAGAUGAAGACACGUCCAAAAAAGCAUUGAACUUUUUAGAUUUAUCAAAAUCUUGCAUCGAGAGUAAUUAUGAGAAGAAAGACUUUACCUUUAAGAUAUGUUUGAGAACUGAUGCGCAACAAACCUCUCACGACGAAGAGGCAAAAGAAAUCAUUCUAAAAGCAGAGAGCGAGACAGAAAGAAAUCAAUGGUUCAACUCAAUUCGAGAACGAAUUGAAGCACUUCAAGCAAAUCAAGCUAUCAUCUCAACGCUAAGAUGA